AUGUGGGAUGUAGGUGCUGCCACCUUAGAGCUGCGUUGUCAGGAGGGUGUCAGGUCGACUCAUGGCUCUGUGGAGAUCCCUGCUGGAUCCCUGCUGAUGCUCAGCCAGUGGGUGAUGGCGCUGGCAGCAGCAUCACAGCGGGAUCUGGAGAGUGCUGAGGAUCUCCUGGCUGGAUCCCACUGCGACCUGGCUCCGCUGGGAUCCGAGGGCUGGCUGGGGGAGCCGCCGUCGCGCCAGGACCCGGCCAGCCAGGAGGCCAUGCUGCGGGUGCUGGACGCGGGGCUGGAGCGCUGCCUGGCGCUGCACUCGGCCGUGCAGUGCAUCCCCGUGCCCCGGCACAGGAAGCUCUCGAGCAAGGCAGGCAUUGAUGAGGUGAUGGCAGCCGCGGUGCUCACCAGCCUCUCCUCCAGCCCGCUGGUGCUCGGGCACCCACCGGCCACUCAUGCCCCAGAGCCUGGCAGCGAGGUCUGGAAGGAGGCUCCUGCCAUGUCCUCCAGCUGCAGCAGCAGCAGCAACACCAGCGGGGACUGGAGCUGGGACCCCUCCAGCGACCGAUCCACCCCCUCCACCCCCUCACCCCCCCUCUCCAGCCACCCUGAUGGCACCCACUUCGUCUUUGGAGAGCCCACCCCACGGAAGAGGAAGAACUCCACCAAGGUGAUGUUCAAGUGCUUGUGGAAGAGCUGUGGCAAAGUCCUCAGCAGCUCCUCAGGGAUGCAGAAGCACAUCCGAACCAUGCACCUUGGCCGGAAAGCCGACCUGGAGCAGAGCGAUGGCGAGGAGGAUUUCUACUACACGGAGCUGGACGUGGAUGUGGAUGCGCUGACUGACGGGCUCUCCAGCCUCACCCCGGUCUCUCCCACCUCCUCGGUGCCUCCCGCCUUUCCUGGCCCCGAGGCUCCUCCUCCGCCGGCGCUGCCGAUCCUCGACCUGGCCCUGGCCUCCCCCUGCAGCCCCCCGGGUCCCCCUGGCCGCUGUCACGUCCACACUGACCACGCGUACCAGGGCUGUCGGACCCCCCCACGGCCACCGGUGUCCCCCACUAUCCCCACCCCACCACCGCCCAAGCCACCGGCCGUGCCCAGGCGGCCACGGGGCGAGGCCAAGAAGUGCCGCAAGGUGUACGGCAUGGAGCACCGGGAGAUGUGGUGCACGGCGUGCCGCUGGAAGAAGGCGUGCCAGCGCUUCCUCGACUGA